AUGUCUGAUAGAAAGACUGCUAUUGUUUCCGUCUACGAUAAGACUGGUCUCUUGGACUUGGUGAAAGGCCUUGUCAAGAACAACGUUAGAAUUCUUGCCUCUGGUGGUACUGCUAAUUUGAUCCGUGAAUCUGGAUUCCCAGUUGAAGAUGUUAGCUCUGUCACUCAUGCUCCAGAAAUUUUGGGUGGUAGAGUCAAGACUUUGCAUCCAGCUGUUCAUGGUGGUAUCUUGUCCAGAGACAUUGCAAGUGAUGAAGCUGACUUAGCUGCUCAAGGUAUUGAGAAAAUUGAUUUCGUUGUUUGCAACUUGUACCCAUUCAAGGAAACUGUGAAAAAAGUUUUGGUUAGUAUCAGCGAAGCUGUUGAGGAAAUCGAUAUUGGUGGUGUCACUUUGUUGAGAGCUGCCGCCAAAAACCAUGCCAGGGUCACAAUUUUGAGUGAUCCAAAGGAUUACGCUGGUUUCCUUAAGGAGCUUGACGAUGGUGAAAUUUCCGAAUCAUCCAGAAACAGAUACGCACUCAAGGCUUUUGAACACACUGCUGACUACGAUACUGCCAUCAGCGACUUCUUCAGAAAGAAGUACAGUGAAGGUGUUUCUCAAUUGCCUUUGAGAUACGGUGCUAACCCACAUCAAAAACCAGCUCAAUGUUAUGUUAAAGAAGGUAAAUUGCCAUUUGAAGUUCUCAAUGGUUCUCCAGGCUACAUUAAUUUGUUAGACGCCUUGAACUCUUGGCCAUUGGUUAAAGAAUUGAGUGCUUCUUUGAACUUGCCAGCUGCUGCCUCGUUCAAGCACGUCUCUCCAGCCGGUGCUGCUGUUGGUUUGCCAUUGAGCGACAUUGAGAAGAAAAUUUACUUUGUUCAAGACAUUGAAAACUUGUCUCCUUUAGCCAAUGCCUAUGCUAGAGCUAGAGGUGCUGACAGAAUGUCAUCCUUUGGUGAUUUUAUUGCUUUGUCUAACAUUGUCGAUUUGCCAACUGCCAAGAUCAUUUCUAGAGAAGUUAGUGAUGGUGUUAUUGCUCCAGGUUAUGAACCAGAAGCUUUGGAAUUAUUGAAAAAGAAGAAGAAUGGUAAAUAUUGUCUUUUGAAGAUUGAUCCAAAUUACAAGCCAGAAGCCGUUGAAAAAAGAGAAGUCUAUGGCAUCACUUUGGAACAAAAGAGAAAUGAUGCUAUCAUCAACUCUUCCUCUUUUAAGGAGGUUGUUUCCAAGAACAAGUCUUUAAAUCAACAAGCUAUCAUUGAUUUGACUGUUGCCACCAUUGCUCUUAAGUACACCCAAUCGAACUCUGUUGCUUACGCUAUCAAUGGUAUGCUUAUUGGUUUGGGUGCUGGUCAACAAUCUCGUAUCCACUGUACCAGAUUGGCUGGAGACAAAGCCAACAACUGGUGGUUGAGACAACAUCCAAAGGUUUUGGGUUUCAAGUGGAAGAAGGGUGCUAAGAGACCAGACAAGGCCAAUGCUAUUGACUUGUAUGUUUCUAACCAAGUUCCAAAGAUUGAACCAGAAAAGUCUGAAUGGGAAUCUAAGUUUGAAGAAAUUCCAGCUAUUUUGACCCAAGAGGAAAGAGAAGAAUGGUUGGGCAAGUUGAACAAUGUUGCUUUGUCUUCUGAUGCUUUUUUCCCAUUCCCAGAUAAUGUCCACCGUGCUGUGAGAUCUGGUGUGAAGUACAUUGCUGCUCCAACCGGUAGUGUUAUGGAUCAAGCUGUGUUUGAUGCAGCUGAUUCUUAUGGAUUGGUUUACGUUGAAAAUCCAAUUCGUUUAUUCCACCAUUAG